AUGGCGAUGGCAUUCAGGAUGAAACCCUCGGGGCUCAGUCGGCAUCUUCUCUCAACACCGAUCACAUCACAACUCCCGACCCGAUCUGCGUCUUAUUCACGAUCAUACACAACCUCCGACCGACUCCCGAAGAUCGCAGAUAGAUCAGUAUGGACAUCAAUGAUCCCCAGAUUUAUUCGAGAUCGCAAAUCACACCAGAAAAAGAAAUCCAACGAAUGGAAUCCCGCCACAUUCUACAUUGUGAUGUUCACUUUGAUCGGAUCACAAGCCAUCCGGAUGCUGUCCUUGAAGAACAGCUAUGCGACAUAUACCCGCACUACGGAUGCCAAGAUUGAAUUGUUAAAGGAAGUCAUUGAAAGAAUCAAGAGUGGUGAGAAAGUCGACGUCGAAAAGUUAUUAGGCACCGGAGACGACGCUCAGGAGCGAGAGUGGGAAGAAGUUCUGAAGGAAAUCGAGCAAGAAGACACACUGUGGCAGCAGAGAAACAAGAAGGAGUCAGAGAAGAAGCCUACUGAGACCAAGAUGGGGGCUACACAAACUCCCGAAGCCAAAGAAUCAGCGUCUGCUGCAUUGCGUUCAGAUGAAGAGACUGUGAAGGCCCAGUCCAAGCGGAAGCUGAACUUCUUCUAA